AUGCUUCUUUAAAAAAAAAAAAACGCAGACCAAACACUGACAGCCUUGAUGCACAGGCCAUUCAGAUAUUCUAUUCAACUAUAUAAUUUWAUUUUUUUAAUUAUGGCAUUUUCUAAAUUAUCAAUUGUCUCUGGAUUUACAGAGCCUAUGGCAUAUAUUAUGCUUGAUGGACUAAGAUAUUGAUCCCAAUUCAAAAAUUGCUACAAAAAUAAACACUACAGUGUAUAUAUACAUACAGUAUAUGCAUAGGCCUACAGAAAUCACAUAAAUGAUCUCAUCUGAUGUGUUAAAAAUUGCUUUGAAAUGGAGUGUGAAAUACAUGUGCACAUMUCAGGAACAAAUGCUGAAUCUACCAGUCUCAUACUUGACCAAUGGUUCACAGUAUGMAAUUGAUGUUGCUAUUAACAUGUAAUAACCAUAUCCUACAGUUUAUAGCCCAACGGUAUUCCUCAGGUGUAGUCACUGGGUGGUUCAAAGAGAUGCCUCGCGGUAACUUCAAUGUUUAUUUUGCAAGCAGAGGAGGACCCCAUGUCAGGACCGAAGAGGCAGCAGGCAUAGUUCUGUUGGUCUUCAUACUUGCAGCUCUUCUCAUCCUCGGAUGCUGGUAUUUUAGGAGGAGAUGCGGGUACAAAAUGAUUAGGAGCCCAAGAUCAGGGUCCCUGCCAGGAUUCAGUGGAGGACAGAUCAACGAGGGAGGAGCCACAGCAGAAAACAAGAUGGGCCUCAGUGACCUCCGACCUUUGGUUCCCAAUGCCCCUCCUGCAUAUGAGACGAUAUCAUCAGGACCCCUACCUCCUCCCUACUCUCCCUAAUAACAACAGUCCUCUGUGGAUAACCAAAAAGAUYAAAACUAUUAACUUAAUGUGUUGUCUUAUUUAAACUUUAUAUCAAUGAAGAAAAAGCUUUUGAUGAAAAUACUAUUAGCACUCUAUAUUUACAAUUACACGAUUUACUAUAUUUUACCAUAUUUUAUGUUUUUUUUCCUAUCUUGUAUUUUUUUUWAUGUGUAUUUCUCCAAAACUUGUGUGUGUUAUGUGUUCCUCAAGGUUAUAUUUCUGAAGGUUCAGCAAACAAGACCCUUCUAUCAAUACUUGAAUAACAGUAUAUUAAUCGAUWACAACAAAGUCGUACUUAGGAAAUUGCUUGUUCAUUUAAGAUAACCAACGUAAAAAAAAAAAAAGUAUAUCUGCAAUUGAGAAUCCAUAGUAAUUUAAAGACAAUAAUGUCGGCRUGAUCGUUGGCUAAGUAUUUCAACAUGUACUUAUGAAAGGAUUUGAAAAUGAUGGAAUGGUUAUCCCCUAUAAAAUUCUGCAGACACAUUUCAAUAAAAAUAUAAAGRUUA